AUGAACAACGUGGAGGAUUUCGAAAAAAUCCAGCACGAACGACUACCGACGCUGUAUGAAGUACUGAUACAGAGGACAUCGACGCCUGUUGAUCUCUGGACGUUUUACACGUUUCUUUCACAGUUCCCAUAUGCCAUCAACUACUUGGACUUCUGGGUUGACCUAAUGGCCCACACCCGGCUUUGCCAAAGCUACGUCGAAAUGGUAAGGAAGUCUCUGGCGAGUUUCCCACAAGAAGAACAGCAUGACGGGGGCGGCUCUGCGACCACCUACAACCUGCUGGACGCAUUAAUAGAAGAGGGUCACUUGGACCUGCAAACACCCGAGAACCUCCUACAAAACGGCACCAGCGACGUGCCAUUCUCACCCAAAUUAAACCAAAUGCUGGGGAACUGGAAACAUCAAUCCGGCAUAAGCCAGGACGCCCUCCAAAACGAAGACAUGGCACUGAUCGUAGACGAGAUCCUGAAAAGACGCUCGCAACAAGAUGGCGUGCCGCAAAUCACUACAAAACAACUGCUUCACAGCGCAAUGGGGCUCUGUACCACCUACUUGAUAUCGCCCGAGCAAAGCGAGCGAUACCUGAGCAACAUCCCGGCGGAAACACGGGCCCGCAUUUUAGAAGACAUACAGGUUGAACGAAGGUACGACGCCACCAUUUUCGACGACGUCAAGACUCUGACAUACCAGUUUCUAGAGAUGGACUGCUUCCCGAAAUUCCUGAGCCGGGUUGCCCUGCACAACAUCCACGACGAGAUUUCCGACUGGCGGUUCCACUCCGUUGGCGCCACCAACGAGAAGAACAGCCGCUCCCGGGGCCAGACGCACAUCUCCCGCUCUCCGUUUUCCAACCACACAUCCAUAAGCCGGAUUGGCCUCGGCUUACUAUGGUUGGGCAUUGGGUUCUGGAUCGGAUACGUGCUGAUCUUCCUGGCAUACGGCCGUGCCAUCCGCGUGGUCACUGUGGUGCCAUUUGCGCUGGGAUGCUACUGCAUCGUGUGCGGCAUGUACCAGGUGGAUAUCGUGUACUCCUGGUUUGGCGUCACCCAAAGGCUGCUCCACAGACACAAAAACAGCAACGACAAUGCUGGCGCCGCCACUGACGCGGAUCACGUGCCGGGAGUGCUGGCGGUGUUCGGCGGCAAGAGCCGGCUCACCAGCGUGCAGCACCCGUUCACGCGCCGGCUGUUGCGCAAGCGCGGAUUGUGGUGUCUGCUACUCGUGGCGGGUGCCACGGCCGUGCUUACGGUGAUUUUCAGCUGCGUACCGGGUCGUCGUGUGUGA